UAAUCUUUACUAGAGGACAUUUUGCUUUCAUAAGGCUUUUCAGCAGCAUAAAUAGCAAAGCAAAGUACAGCACAGCCUGCUGAACACCACAGGAUUCUUGGAACCUGCGUAGUUCCACUGGAAGAUGAAGCCCACCCUCUACCUGUGUUUGUUACUUGCUGGGCUUCAUGCUGUUGCCCAUUGCGAUCACCUGCCUGGCCACCACAAUGGACAUGACCAUCAUCAAGGUACAGACCAUGAGGAACACCAUCAUGUAGGUGACUGCCUCAAACUAUCUUCUAGCAAUGCUGAUUUUGCAUUUAGACUCUACAAUCAGAUUACCGCAGAAGCCCCUAAGAAGAACAUUUUCUUCUCUCCUAUUAGCAUCUCUACUGCCUUUGCAAUGCUGGGCCUUGGUGCUAAAUCAGCCACUCUGACUCAGAUUCUGGAAGGACUUGCCUUUAAUCUGACAGAACUUCAGGAGAAGGAGAUUCAUGAUGGUUUCCAUAAUCUCAUCCACAUUCUAAACCAUCCUGACAGUGAGCUCCAACUCGAUAUGGGAAACGCCUUGUUUCUAAAAGAAAAACUGAAAACACUAGAGAAGUUUUUAGCUGACAUCAAAAACCUGUAUGAAGCAGAAGCUUUUAGUAUCAACUUCAAGAAUACUGCAGAAGCUCAGAAACAUAUCAAUGAUUAUGUAGAGAAGAAAACACAUGGGAAAAUUGUUGAAUUAGUCAAGGAUCUUGAUCCAGAGACUGCAAUGAUUUUGGUUAGCUAUAUCUUCUUUAAAGGCAAGUGGGAAAAACCUUUUUUGCCAGAGGACACUAAAGAAAGAGACUUCUUUGUGGAUGAGGAAACAAUCGUUAAAGUUCCUAUGAUGCACAGAAUGGGCAGGUUUAAAAUCCAUUUCGAUACGGAGCUGUCUUGCACAGUGGUCCAACUUUAUUACAAUGGAAGUGCAACAGCAUUUUUUAUUCUGCCUAAUAAAGGAAAAAUGAAGCAGGUAGAAGAUGCUCUGUGGAAAGAAACUGUGACCAGAUGGUCAAAUGCACUCCAUCUAAGCUCAGCAAACCUGUACAUUCCAAAAUUUUCGAUCUCUGCUACCUAUGAUUUAAAGGACCAUCUCACCAAAAUGGGCAUUACUGAUGUGUUCACCAAACAAGCGGAUCUGUCUGGAAUCACUGGGGACCCUGAGCUGCAGGUUUCAAGAGUUGUCCAUAAGGCCGUGCUGAACAUUGAUGAGAGAGGCACAGAGGCAGCAGCAGCCACUGCCAUUGAAAUAAUGCCGAUGUCUGUUCCUGUAAACAUUGAAUUCAACAUUCCCUUCCUGGUGAUGAUUUUUGAUAGAACUACCAAGAGCACACUCUUCAUUGGAAAGAUAAAUAACCCUGCUGAACCUUAAGUGCUAUCAAUUCAGACGGCUAUUACUAAAUAAAGAAGCUUUGCCACCUGAAUUGACUGGCUAGAAGUAUUCCUUGCUUUCUUAGUGAAUACGUUCGCUCAGCAUCAGAACCAAUAGCAACUGGUACUGAAAACAAUAAAUUGGGCUUAUGCAGCAUAGUUAUCUGAUGUGGGCAGAAAAAAGUAUUUUUUAAUUAGGACAGCAAACAAAAACCAUUUCUGACGGCUGAGAAUUAAGAGACUUAAGUAAGAUUUCCCAGAUUCUCCAGCACACAGCCAUGGUGAUUUGCAUCAUAAUAGAAGCUUCUUAUUUAAUUUUUGGCUGUCAGCUAACAUGCUUUGGAUGAAAUUAUGAACAAUUUUGCUAACAGAGCAGAAGUGGUGUCAUUCUGUCAUAGCUGGAGACGUAGCACUGUUCUGGGAAGUAAAGGGAGCCGGAGGUUGGGAAAGGAAGGAGAGAAGAUAAGGGAGAUAAGAGGCUAGCCUUUUACUAGGGUCACCAUUGGGGAUGGGCAAACCUAUUUUAAAAGUACAUAAGAAACUUUUCCCUCCCACCUCAAGCCUUUUCCCAUUACCAGAAUUGAGUGGGUACCAAAUCUUCCUUUAGGGUCUGAAAUGAGCGUGCAGCUCCACAUGAAACUGGAAGUGCUAAUAAUAAACCAUU